UAGUUACACACCUCCAGCGACUCCCUCAUCUGUUCCGAUAGCUAAAAACCCACAUAACCCAGCCUCUUCGGCACGGUAUGACUCUUACCCUAAGGUUUGCCGUCGCUAAGGGAAGCAAAAUCAGAAGUCAACCAGUAUCCUUUAUUGAUUCAUGUUGCGUUAUGUUGUUAAGUGGUGUUGAAGUUUUGUGUUUCUGUUUGCGCUGUUUGUGUAGAAUAUUUUCCAGUCACGAAAGUAGUGUUCUCAAACUAAAUUGCCAUUGUUUCAAAGUUUGAAAUGUGUUCAUGGGGAAUUGUAACAGCUCUAUUCGAAGUACGUUUUUCACUGCAAUAAAGUGCUCGCCGAUUAAACUGGAAGCCAUGAAAAAGAUGGUGCUGAUUCAUGCUCAGCACCACAAUCGAUCAGCGGCUAGAACGACGUAGUUUCCGUCGAGGAAAACGGCCGGGGGAGGUUUUUUUUCACGCAAUCACGGGGCGUGUAUGCGUGCUCAGCAGCCUGGCAAGUAAUGGGGAAUUGCUUCAAAGGAUGCCUUUCGGAAGAGAAUCAUUUGCGCGGUCGAGCGCUGAACACUAGUGGAAGUCAGUAUGAGAUGCUAGUUGAAGGAAAGCUACAGCAACAAGAGCAAGGCAGAAAAAACAAUACCAAGAAAAAAUCAAAACUAUUCAGUAAAUUUUGGAAAAGCAAGGACGUGGAGUACUCAAGACUGAAAAAAGCAAACAAUAAUUUUAUAGAUCGAAUUCACAAUGCCGAUCAUCAAAAACUCGGAUCUGAUAUACAACUGCAGUGCCUAGACGCGCACUCGUUGCUGCUGGUGUCCAAAGAUAACAAUACUCGCCGCAACGGAUAUCAUGAUCUUAAUACGGACAUGACUUCGACGCCGGGCAGUUCGCUUGAUCUCGAGUGGGAAAACGACAUUGGAUACCAGAAUAAUCCUUGGGUACUCCGACCAAGUGACGACCGACUACUGCCCAACUAUCCAAAUCAAACGGAUGCUGUGUUCAAGGUGGAAGAAUGGUCAACUUUGAAGAAAAGUAAAGACCGGAUAAACUCCAUCAGGCGGCUGGACCGUAAUGGAGCAAGCCGUCUAGCGGAGGGCGGAUCAAACAGCCAACCAAUGGGUGCUUUCGAGCCCCAGAGUUCCGGUGCCACUCGAACACCCUCGAUUUGCGGUUCGUAUGCCUCUUCCUCACACAUAUCAACGCCAGAGGAUUCGCUCGAGUGGGAUAUCGAUCAGGAUCGGCAGCUGAAAUCGGAAAACGAAUCGAUCGACUUCGAAACGAAAGAGCUGCUGUUGGAGAUCGAACAGCUGAAGAAUCGCGUUCUCAACGAGACUGGUGCUAACAUAAGGGAUCUGAAGUUUGACGAAUCGAUAAGUUGAUUCCGCCACGAGGAGCUUAAUGCCAUUUGAUGGCUGUUAAUGAAUCAAACAAUUAUCUUCAUAUGACUAGGAGAAAUCUAAAAGUUUAGAAAAGUUACAACACGUUUAGGAGAAAUACAAUACAAGUAAACAAAUUAUCAUGAAUAAUUCCAUAGGGAUCGAGUCGAGAGAAUUGCUAAAUAUAAUCAGCAAUCCUAUAUUUAUUGUGACUUCUAUAUAUUCUUUAGUUUAUAGACGAUUUUUAUUCAAGAAUUGAUUAAACACCCAAAAACAAACCAAACAAAACAAAAAUCAUGUGAAAAAGCAUUUAUUUUAAAGUGCUAAAAGAUACUAAUAUUGGCGCAUAGCAUUGUAUAAUCAACAAUAAAGGAUUACAUGAUCUCGUUGAUUUUCGUUA